CUCUCUCCCCCCCACCUCAAGCCCCGCCUCCUGACCCCCGACCCCGCCCCAUGCUCCUGUUUCUGCGAGGAGCCGGGGCCGCGCUCGGGAGUUUUGCUGUUUGUCCGCCGCUCGUAACAAAAAUGGCCCUGACCCAACUAUCAAGUGCCAAAUGCUUUGGAGGAUAUCAGAAGGUAUACGAACAUGACAGCUUGGAAUUGAAAUGCAAGAUGCGGUUUGGAAUCUACCUGCCUCCAAAGUCAGAGAGUGCAAAAUGCCCGGUGUUGUACUGGCUUUCAGGAUUAACCUGCACAGAACAGAACUUCAUAACCAAAGCAUCCAGUCAGCAGGCAGCAGCUGAACAUGGGCUUAUUGUCGUGGUGCCAGACACCAGUCCUCGUGGCUGCAAUAUUCCCGGUGAGGAUGAUAGCUGGGACUUUGGUACAGGGGCUGGAUUUUAUGUAAAUGCCUCAGAGGAGCCUUGGAAGACCAACUACAGGAUGUACACGUACGUUACAGAGGAGUUGCCUCGUCUUGUUGACGCUAAUUUCCCUGUCAUCCCUGAGAAAAAAUCUAUCUUUGGCCACUCAAUGGGUGGUCAUGGAGCUCUAGUGUGUGCCUUGAAAAACCCUGGAAAGUACAAGUCUGUGUCAGCACUGGCUCCGAUCUGCAACCCUGUACAGUGCCCUUGGGGCCAGAAAGCAUUUACUGGAUACCUGGGACCUGAUAAAACCAAGUGGGAGAUGUAUGAUGCCACCUGUUUGGUGGGAUCCUACUCGGGACCUCUCCUGGACAUCCUCAUUGAUCAAGGAAGGGACGACCAGUUCUUGGUCGCAGGGCAGUUGCUCCCUGAUAAUUUCAUCAAGGCGUGCACUGAAAAGAAGAUCCCUGUUGUUUUUCGGCUUCAGGAGGGAUACGAUCACAGUUACUACUUCAUCGCUUCAUUUAUUGGAGACCACAUCAAGCACCAUGCAAAGUAUCUCAACGCUUAGGCACCAGAAUGAAUGAACAUCUAAACUCUACCUUCCCUUCAGAGAAAAUAAUUGUUUUGGUUCAAUACUGUUGUCCUUGCCCUUCCCCAUACAGUGGCUGGCAGUACUCUGUGAGCUGAUCUGCCACUUGUAGUUUAUCCUCAGUCAACCCUCGCACUGGCAAUCACUGUCAUUGAUUUACAUUUGAAAUUGAUCAGAGUCAUUAUCAUGUCCACAUCAGUGCAAAGGAACAAAGCUACAAACAAUCCCUCUGGAAUAAAAUGAGGUAUUUGGCUGCACUGCCAUCUAAAUGAGCUGGAGACAGCCAGCUCUGUUCCAGUCUGGUUCCAGUCAGCGUGGUUCAGGCUGUGUGGUAACUGGAAGCAGUUUUAUGACUUUCUACUUGAAUUUGAGUGGGAACUGCCCAGACCAUGUUCCACUUGAUAGCAUUUCACUCCUACUUAAGGAGACCAGUGGAUGAAUAACAUUGUUAAAUAUGGUUAGCAAUGUUCUUGAGGGUGCUUUGUCCCUGGGCCCCCUCCCCCCAAGUAUCCGGGCACUGUGCACCAGUGCUGCUCCUUCGCGGCUUUUCUCAGGUUGCUUAUUCUAGUCACACAUUUUCCAUCUGCACUUUGACUAAAGGACUUAGUCUGGA